CGACUAGUAAAAGUAGUAACUAGGGGAGCAUGCCUAACUAGUUGUGGUGAAAAUUAUGGGAUGGAUUGUCAUGGCAACAGACCAGACGUCACAAUUUGGGCAUGUGUUCCAUUUUUGUCUUUCUUAUAUUCAGACUGGAGGACUUAGAUAGUGAAGAGUGGAAAAGGAAACAGAUUUUUCCCAACAAAAAGAAGGAAGCCAUCUUUCUUGAAAAUAAAUGGUAUUUACACAAGUAUCAUACAAUUAUUUUCCGGGAGGCACGAAGAGGUGAACAGUGGCAUUUUCAGGGUUAACUUUCAGAGAGGUUUUUUUUUGUAUGCGAUAAAGAUGCCUGGGUCGUUAAGCAAUGAAGACGAGGGACAAGACGACAUGGAUUUUGAAGACGAGAUACCAGGACAAUGACCCAACACACCUCCAGGAUUUGUAAGGGCUAUUUGACCAAGAAGGAGAGUGAAAGAGUGCAGCAUCAGACGACCUGGCCUCCACAAUCACCCAACCUCCACCCAAUUGAGAUGGUUUGGGAUGAGUUGGACCCCAGAGUGAAGGAAAAGUAGCCUACAAGUGCUCAGCAUAUGUAGGAACUCCUUCAAGACUAUUGGAAAAAUCCUUCCAGGUGAAGCUGGUUGAGAGAAUGCCAAGAGUGUGCAAAGCUGUCAUCAAGGCAAAGGAUGAGGAUGAGGAGGGCGAACACAACACUGUCCCGCUCACAUCUCUGGACAGCUUCUUCUCUGACGACGACUCCCUCAAACAACAGAAGAAGAAGAAACCUAAAAAGAUGAAGGAGGGCAAGAUGCCCAAAGUCAAGAAGAGGAAAAAGGAGGGAGGAGGAGGUGGCGGAAUAGGAGUUGGUGGCAAUGACCAGGAGGAGCAGGCCUUGGAGCGGGAGGAUGACCAUCCACUGCAACGUCCAGAGAUUGGCUCAGAGAGCGAGAGCAGCACCUACGCCCCUGCCCCCACCACAAAGAAGAAGAAGAAGAAACCAAAGGAGAAGAAAGAGAAGAAACCCAAACGGAAGAAGAGAGAAGAGGAGGAGGAGGAGGAGGAUGAUGAUGAUGAUGACGACGACGAUGAUGAUGAUGAAAAUAAUAAGGAGCCCAAGUCAUCCAGUCAGCUGAUGCAGGAGUGGGGUCUGGAAGAUGUGCAGUAUGGCUUCACAGAGGAGGACUAUACAACCCUCACCAACUACAAGGCUUUCAGCCAGUUCCUCAGGCCACUUAUUGCCAAGAAGAACCCUAAGAUCCCCAUGUCAAAGAUGAUGACAGUGUUAGGGUCCAAGUGGCGUGAGUUCAGUGCCAACAACCCCUUUAAAGGCACCUCCGCAACUGCUGUGGCUGCCGCGGUGGCUGCUGCUGUGGAAAUGGUCACUGUGGCCUCGCCCAUCUCUGUCAAAGAGGUGACUACCCUACCAAGCUCUCAGCCUGGGCCAAUCAGAAAAGCCAAAACCAAAGAUGGAAAGGGGCCUGGGGUAAGACGGAAGACAAAGACUGUAAAGGAGGUGAAGAAGAAGAGUAAAGGGAAGAAGACCAAAUCAAAGAAGAAAGCAUCCUCGAGUGAAGAGGACUUUGGGCUGGAGGAGUCGGACUUUGAUGAUGUCAGCAUCCACAGUGCCUCAGUGCGCUCUGAUACCUCGGGGAAUGCCAAGAAGAAAGCCCGGAAGGGUCGGAAAAAAAGGAAAAGAGAGGAUGGGGACGGCUAUGAGACAGACCACCAGGACUACUGUGAGGUGUGCCAGCAGGGAGGGGAGAUCAUCCUGUGUGACACCUGUCCCAAAGCUUACCACCUGGUGUGUCUGGACCCCGAGCUGGAGAAGGCCCCCGAGGGCAAGUGGAGCUGCCCCCACUGUGAGAAGGAGGGCAUCCAGUGGGAGGCCAAAGAUGAUGAAGAUGAUGAGGAGGAGGAGGAGGAGGUUGCGGUUGAGGAAGAGGAUGACCACCUGGAGUUCUGCAGAGUGUGUAAAGAUGGAGGGGAGUUGCUGUGCUGUGACACCUGCCCCUCCUCCUAUCAUAUCCACUGCCUCAACCCUCCCCUGCCUGAGAUACCCAAUGGGGAGUGGCUGUGCCCACGCUGCAUGUGCCCACCACUGAAGGGGAAGGUACAGAGGAUUCUCCACUGGACUUGGGGGGAUCCCCCUUUACCCACUGAGGUGCCCCCUGGCCCUGAUGGAGAGAUGGUGGACCCGCUGGUCAAGCCCCCCCUGAAGGGCCACCCGGAGAGGGAACUAUUUGUCAAGUGGGCUGGUCUCUCCUACUGGCACUGCUCCUGGGUCAGCGAACUACAGUUAGAGCUGUACCAUGCGGUGAUGUACCGUAACUACCAGCGGAAGAACGACAUGGACGAGCCCCCUCCGUACGACUACGGCUCUGGGGAGGAGGAGCUGAACAACGAGAAGAGGAAGAGUAAAGACCUGCAGUAUGCUGCCAUGGAGGAGAGAUUCUACCGCUACGGCAUCAAGCCAGAGUGGAUGGUCAUCCACAGGAUCAUCAACCACAGUUAUGAUAAGGAUGGAGAUGUGCACUACAUGAUCAAGUGGAGAGACCUGCCCUAUGACCAGUGCACCUGGGAGGUGGAUGACUUUGAUGUCCCUGAGUAUCACCACAGCAAACACUCCUACUGGGACCACAGGGAGCAGAUGAUUGGUGAUGACCAGCGCCCCUUAGUGGUGAGAAAGGGAAAGAAGGGUAAAGAGGAGGAGAAGAGGAGGGAGAGAGAAAUCCCCCCCGAUGCCCCAAUUAUAGAUCCUACCAUCAAGUUUGAACAUCAACCCUGGUACAUCAAUGCCACUGGGGGCACCCUGCAUCCGUACCAGCUGGAGGGUCUAAACUGGUUACGGUUCUCCUGGGCACAGGGCACAGACACUAUCCUGGCAGACGAGAUGGGCCUGGGCAAGACUGUCCAGACCAUCGUCUUCCUCUACUCACUCUACAAGGAGGGUCACUCCAAAGGGCCAUACCUGGUCAGUGCCCCCCUGUCCACCAUCAUCAACUGGGAGAGGGAGUUUGAGAUGUGGGCCCCAGACUUCUACGUGGUCACUUACACUGGGGACAAAGAUAGCCGAGCGGUCAUCAGGGAGAACGAGUUCACAUUUGAGGACAGUACAGUCAAGACAGGCCGCAAGGUCUUCCGUAUGAAGAAAGACAGUGCCAUCAAGUUCCAUGUGUUGUUGACAUCAUAUGAGCUGAUUACCAUUGAUCAGACCAUUCUGGGCUCCAUUAACUGGGCCUGUCUAGUGGUGGACGAGGCCCACAGACUGAAGAACAACCAGUCAAAGUUUUUCAGAAUCCUCAACGGUUAUAAGAUCUACUAUAAGCUGCUACUGACUGGCACUCCUCUGCAGAACAACCUGGAGGAGCUGUUUCACCUGCUCAACUUCCUCACCCCAGAGAGAUUUAAUAACCUGGAGGGCUUUCUGGAAGAGUUUGCAGACAUCUCCAAGGAGGACCAGAUCAAGAAGCUGCAUGACCUGCUGGGCCCACACAUGCUCAGGAGACUGAAGGCUGAUGUCUUCAAGAACAUGCCUUCCAAGACAGAGCUCAUUGUACGAGUGGAGCUCAGCCCCAUGCAGAAGAAGUACUACAAGUUCAUCCUGACGCGGAACUUUGAGGCGCUCAACUCCAAGAGCGGGGGCAACCAGGUGUCCCUUCUCAACAUCAUGAUGGACCUGAAGAAGUGUUGCAACCACCCCUACCUGUUCCCAGUGGCAGCUAUGGAGGCGCCAGUGUUACCCAAUGGCUCUUAUGAUGGGAACCAGCUGGUCAAGUCCUCAGGCAAACUCACCCUGCUCCAGAAGAUGCUGAAGAAACUCAAAGAUGAAGGACACAGAGUUCUCAUCUUCUCGCAGAUGACUAAGAUGCUGGAUCUGCUUGAGGACUUUCUGGAAUACGAGGGCUACAAAUAUGAACGCAUCGAUGGAGGCAUCACAGGGGGGCUACGACAGGAGGCUAUCGACCGCUUCAAUGCACCGGGCGCACAGCAGUUCUGCUUCCUGCUCUCCACCCGAGCUGGAGGCCUGGGCAUCAACCUAGCCACGGCAGACACCGUCAUCAUCUACGACUCAGACUGGAACCCUCACAACGAUAUCCAGGCAUUCAGCAGGGCCCACCGUAUAGGUCAGAACAAGAAGGUGAUGAUCUAUCGCUUUGUGACACGGGCCAGCGUGGAGGAGCGUAUCACCCAGGUGGCCAAGAGGAAGAUGAUGUUGACCCACCUGGUGGUGAGGCCCGGCCUGGGCUCCAAAACCGGCUCCAUGUCCAAACAGGAGCUGGACGACAUCCUCAAGUUUGGCACUGAGGAGCUCUUCAAGGAUGAGAUGGAGGCGGCCGCUCGGGCCAUGGGUUCCCACCAGAAACUGUGGGAUAUAAAGGAUGGAGAUGAGGGCAGUGUCAUUCACUAUGAUGACAAUGCCAUCUCCAAGCUGCUGGACCGUAGCCAGAAUGCCACGGAGGACACUGAGAUCCAGAACAUGAACGAAUACCUCAGCUCCUUCAAGGUGGCCCAGUAUGUGGUCAAAGACGAGGACGCGGAGGAGGAGCCCCAGCGGGAGAUCAUUAAGCAGGAGGAGAAUGUGGAUCCAGACUACUGGGAGAAGCUGCUGAGGCACCACUAUGAGCAGCAGCAAGAGGACCUGGCCCGUAACCUGGGCAAAGGCAAACGCAUCCGCAAGCAGGUCAACUACAACGACACGUCUCAGGAGGACCAAGAGUGGCAGGAUGAUCUUUCAGACAAUCAUUCCGAGUACUCCGUGGGGUCCGAGGACGAGGACGAAGAUUUCGAGGAGAGGCCGGAAGGUGGGCGCAGGCACUCUCGCAGACAGCUGAAGAGUGACAGGGACAAACCUCUGCCACCCCUGCUGGCACGCGUAGGGGGCAACAUCGAGGUGCUGGGGUUCAACACCCGUCAGCGGAAGGCCUUCCUCAACGCUAUCAUGCGCUGGGGCAUGCCUCCUCAGGACGCCUUCAACUCUCACUGGCUGGUCAGAGACCUGAGAGGGAAGAGUGAGAAAGAGUUCAGGGCCUAUGUGUCCCUGUUCAUGAGACAUCUUUGUGAGCCGGGGGCAGACGGAGCGGAGACCUUUGCAGACGGUGUCCCACGAGAGGGGCUGUCCCGCCAACAUGUCCUCACCAGGAUCGGAGUUAUGUCUCUGGUCAGGAAAAAGGUCCAGGAGUUUGAGCAUGUCAAUGGAAAGUACAGCACUCCAGACCUGAUCCCACUUGGACUAGAGUUGAAGAAACUGACUGAGAGUCUGUCCUCUGACCCCAACACCCCUGUCCCUGCCAGCCCUGUAGCCACACCCCAGCCUCCUGGCACUCCAGUCCCACCAGAGAAGAUGGAUUCAACCUCAGGGCCUACUGAAGACAAGGAGACCACAGAAUUAGAGUACAAGAAGCUACCAGAAUUGGAGACUAAUCUAAGUACAGAGUCAUCUUCCCAGGUAGGGAAGACAGACAAGGCUGCUGACUGGGAUGAGACAGUGAAGUGCAGCACAGAGGACAAACCAGUCUCCUCAGAGGAGAGUAGUGAAAGGACAGACACACCCUCCACACUUCCAGAGCCAUUCACCAAUCCUAAAGAGCCUCCAUCCAAACAGACAGAGCUGUCGUCCAAUCAAAGCUCACCAAAAGCGGAGCCUUGUAGAGAGACAGAGAAGUCUUUAGAUAAAGGAGACAGUGAUCCUGCCCCAGCCAAACGUGAGGAAAAGGAACUGAAGCCAGUUUUUUCAGACGAGCCCAAGAGCGAGGACAUGCCAGUGCCCGAGGGCCGGCUUAACGGUGAGAAAGAAGCACAGGAGGAGACGGAGGACAUCAGGAGGGAGGUGGAGAAGAACGGCUUCAAAAUGAGGUUCAUGUUCAACAUCGCCGACGGAGGCUUCACAGAGCUACACACCCUGUGGCAGAACGAGGAGCGGGCCGCUGUGUCAUCUGGGAAGAUGUAUGACAUCUGGCACCGUCGCCACGACUACUGGUUGCUGGCUGGCAUCGUAACACAUGGCUAUGCCCGCUGGCAGGACAUUCAGAACGACCCACGUUAUGCCAUCCUCAAUGAGCCAUUCAAGACUGAGAUGCACAAGGGGAACUACCUGGAGAUGAAGAACAAGUUCCUGGCUCGCCGCUUUAAGCUGUUGGAGCAGGCUCUGGUGAUAGAGGAGCAGUUAAGAAGGGCAGCGUACCUGAAUAUGACCCAAGACCCCAACCACCCGGCUAUGGCCCUGAAUACCCGCUUUGCUGAGGUGGAGUGUCUGGCUGAGUCCCACCAGCACCUGUCCAAGGAGUCUCUGGCCGGGAACAAGCCAGCCAACGCUGUGCUGCACAAAGGUCUGUCAUCUCCCAGUGUGUACACAGCAGCAGGACUAAAACACUGUCUACAAACUCAAGAUCUGGUACUGAACCAGCUGGAGGAGCUGCUGAGUGAUAUGAAGGCAGAUGUGACGCGGCUUCCCAACAUGUUGUCCCGGAUCCCCCCCGUGUCUGCCCGUCUGCAGAUGUCUGAGAGGAGCAUCCUCAGCCGCCUCACCAACCGCGGCAAUGAACCUCCGCCCCAACAGCCGUUCGGCCAGAGCUCAUUUGCCUGUUCCCAGAUGUACAGCACUGGUUUUGGGGGCAGCUUCCGGGGGCCUGUGGGAGGAGCCAUGGUCAACUACAGCCAGAUGCCCCUGGGACCCUACGUCAGUGUGUCCAACGGCCCCCCACCCCCGUCCAGCCACCUGGACAAGAAGUCCUGCGACCCGCUGAGGGACGUCACCACCCCUGACCUCAAGUCAGGCAAGCCCAGUGAUGUCAUCUGUAUUGAAGAUUAGAUCAGCUAUCCCAAAAUUGAUCUGGAGUCAGCCAAGCCCAGGGAUGUCAACUAUUAUAUAAAUGAUUACAGAAUCUUCGCACCCCCCCUUCCUCAUCCUCCCCUCUCCUGUAAGAAGCUCUCUGUCUAUGGAUUAGAGGAUAAACCUAGGAAUAAUACACAGAUGUAUUUAUCUAUCGUAUGAAUUGCACUUCUAUCUUUCGAGGAUUCUUCAACAUACUUCAUGCAGUAGCUAUUUGCUUUUAUGACUUAGGUUGGUGAGUCAAGCAGAGGAACUGUCUAUUAGGAUGUGAGAGUCAAACGACCUCAGACGCCCGGCUUCUGCUAACUGACACGUGGAAGGGAAGUGAUCUUAUAGAAUGACUGGAACCGCCCUGUCUGAAGGGGAAAGUAUUGGCUACAGGAAGAGCUGCAAAAAGUGAAAGUACACAUGGUGGAUGAACCGGUGGAGGUGCCAAUGCUCCGGAGCUGCUGGAAUGAGAAUCAUCUGUGUCUAUUCAUUGACUUUAGGCCUGGCUCUGCUCCUUCAUUCUGGGUCUCUUCCUUCUGCAUUCAUCUUUUGCCUAUUCUUUGUGCAUCGGGACCGACCUCUGCUGGAGCAGUGUGCUUUAGCUACGUACACAUAGAAGGAAAAUAGAACUAUGAAGGCAUAAGGCUCCCUUCCUAGAAUUAUAGAGAUCAUAAGUGGGUGCUGAUACGGCAGCCAAUUCUCUCAUUAUGUUUACUACGUGUUUGUUUUUAUAGUUUUAUGGCAGAGCCUUGAGUUGGAACUUGUAAGAGUAAGUGUGACUUUAAGGAAGUACAGCUACACUAUGCCUCAACCCCUAAAGACUGCCAUCUCCCGCCUCUGGAGAAAGGGAUCCUAGUUACAGAGCUGCAUUAGCUAUUAAUAUACUAAGGGGUUCUCCCUUGUAAUGUACAUAGUUCAAGAGACUGCUGUUUAUUUUGCCUUGCAUUGUCAUUGUGAAUUUGACGCAUACAUGCAUAAAACUGUAACAGGCUGGAUUAGUGCAAAAAGUGAAGAUCACAUAGAAGUUACUAGCCUAUUUCUGCAAAUGUACAUGUAUUUCUUUAAUAUUUGAAUGUGAUUAUUGGCCAACCUCCGGGGCCAUGACUAGUGUGUGUUAUAAACAGAAUUUUCUCCUGUCUGUCAUAUGGUUGGGAUGUCAAGCUAACUGUGUACUGGACAUGGUGCUGGAUGGGAGUAAUUCUGUUGCCUUUAACACAUACAAGUUAUGGUGUUAUAGUUCCCCAAAGCGCCUCCUUCCCUCCCUCUUCCAUUGUGAGAAAUUAAAAACUAAAAAGUGCUUAUGACACUACGUCACCUUUUGGCCUAGGUUUCAUGUUUUCCAUGAAAUGUGCGUUAUUGUGUGUGCUUCUUUUUAAGGUAAAGUGUUAUUUCAGAAUGUACUGCUUUAGUGCCACUUAAAGAGGUCUGCUCACUCCAUGGCCCUGAUGGCUAAUGUCCCAGAUUGUAUGCUUGAUAAUCUUAUAAAUGGGUGGAAUUAUUUCCAUUGAGAACUGAGGGCAGUGGUUGAAUAAGAUAGCUAAUUCAAUCAUCAAUAGAUUAUAAUCUUCAUAGAGUUUUUGAUAGCCAUCAAGGACCAAGGUUGGAUAGCCAUACAGUAAAAGUAUCAAAAGCUGUUUUUGUUUUCUUGUUUUUUGAUGUUUUGUUUUAUAUGGGUUCCUUGGAAGGGAACUGUUUAUUGCAUUACAUGUUGUGAGGACUAAACCGUAUCAGAGCGACAGCAUGGAUUCACUUGACAAUACUUUUUAUUCCAUCUGUCUGCUAAUGUGAUUGUCCAAAGUGAAACUACCUUUUUAUAUGUUCAAUGAGACUUAAUUUGUUGAGAUUUUUCAUGAAUGUGUGUAUUACAUUUACUCAUUGAAAACCUUAAAGGCCCCAGUGCAGUCAAAAACGUGAAUAACCUGUGUUUUAUAUAUAUUUCCACACUAUGAGAUGGAAUAAUACUGUGAAAAUGAUGAUAAUGCCCUUUUAGUGUAAGAGCUUUUGAAAAGACUGCCUGACAUUUCAACCUAUUUUCAUGGGAGUUUUGGCCUGCCUGGUGACAUCACCAGGCGGUAAAUUAGUUAACAGACCAAUUAGAAAGAUAGCUCCAAACCUCUCAAUAACAGCUAGUUUUCAGUUUACCCUCCCCACUCAAGAUCACUCCCAGACAGUCCUGGCAAAAUUCUUGCUUGAGAUAUUGCUCUUUGCUAAAAAAAUAAAAUAAGCUUUUUGUUUCAUUUUUAUCAUUUUAAUCGAAAACAAUCACAGUAAGGCACUUAAUUGUUACCCAGAAAUUAUUUUAUAUUGAGAUAAGAACGUCUGCAUUGGACCUUUAAAUGCGAUGUUUGCUCUUAUUGUUCUCCAAGACUAGAGGCAUUACACUACCGUUCAAAAGUUUGGGGUCACAUAGAAAUGUCCAUGGUUUUGAAAGAAAAAAAUAGCAUCAAAUUGAUCAGAAAUACAGUGUAGACAUUGUUAAUGUUGUAAAUGACUAUUGUAGCUGGAAAUGGCAUAUUUUUUAUGGAAUAUCUACAUAAGCAUACAGAGACCAAUUAUCAGCAACCAUCACUCCUGUGUCGCAAUAGCAUGUUGUGUUAGCUAA